CUCACUCUGUGUCAGGACAGGAUGUAUAAAAGAAGAAACUUCUAAAGUAUUUGCACAAGUUCACCAGACGCGCCAAAAAGCAAAUUUCUCAUAAUCCAACGAUUUCAAACAACCUCACAACCUUCGUCAGAACUCCUCAAGUGUUCAUUCCAAAGCCUUGGGGUUUACCCUUAGUUCAUGAGUUUGCCUCCUCUGACACCAACCUGUCUACAACUUACUCGCCCAUACCUGUGCCCUGCCACCAUCAAGUUCACACACGCUGAAGACAGAACCCCCCAAACAUUCUGAGCUAUCGCCAAAACCUCUUCUGGUAUCUUGCACCCUCGCUGAACCUCUUCUGGCAUCUUCUAGCAUCUGGUGCCCCUGCCGAAGCAUCUGGCGACCAGCCUCAUCGCCCACAAUCUCUCCAGCAUUCUGAGCUGGCACCAAAAGCUCCCAGCAACCAGCUUCACUGAUCCAAAAGCUCCUGGUGACCAGCCUCAUCACCCAAAAUCUCCCCAGCAUUCUGAGCUACUGACAAAAGCUCCCGGCGACCAGCCUCAUCGCCUACAAUCUCUCCAGCUCAAAGGACACCUCUAGCCCCCCACCAGCAUUUUAAUCUCCCAGUCCUGCUGCUAAGAAUCCUUGGAUUCUACCUACAAAACCACUUCCCCAAAGUGGUCGGCCGACACAAGCUGUGUCUCAACACUGACAUCAUUGAGAUUCCCUGGUCCCGAACACGUUUCUCCUUGGAGUAUCCCAGCUUCUCCCAGCCCCAAGAAAUCUUAACUAUCUAGUCCACCUCUCUUGGCUGUCAAAGUAGUUGAGUAGAAUUGGCUAGAACUGGACUUGAGCCAAAAAUAGCAAGAUUGGCAACGGCAGCACCCCCAAGCAUACCUUUGGCAUUGCUGCCUAUCUUUGAUCAUGCCUUCCCGGCCUCCACAGAGCCGACUGAAGAAGAGAAAUCGAUAUCCCAAUGUGGCGAUUCCCCAACUCCAGACACAAGCUGCCAACCGACAUAGACGCAGUGGAUUAUCAAACGCACCACUAGUUGGUCAUGGGAAUGAGUUAUCAGAGGAAAACAUACUUUUACAUAGCUCAGAGUUUAUUACCAAUACUACGAGCGAUGACUACGACCAUGGGUUUCAUGAUGACAGUGAUGGUGAUGAAAGUGACAUACUUAUGUCUGACCCCCAACCACAGGAUAUUCAAGAGCUGACGGAGAAGACCCUCCGUGAGAUUUCAGAGCAGAUUCCAGUGAAGGUUCAUACUACGACAGUUCCAGACCUCAACACUUCUAACGAAGUGUUUAUACCAGAGAUCCCGACUGAGGAUUUCCUCUCUGAUGAAUUAGGGAUGCUACCGCCACCCCCUCCAGCCGCCGCUGAUCGUUCAUCUCCCAUCGGUGAUGACUAUUCCAACCCUGUGCCCCAUAAUAGAUCAUCGAGGCCAAUGUCAGAGUACGAGAUGGCAAUGGCCAUGUACACAGAACGGUACAGUGUCUCACGGCAGCAGUUUCAAGACCUAUUAGAGUGCCUUAGGCUUGCAGAGAAUCUUGACCAGUUGGUUGAUAUGCCACAGGACGUUACAACUCGAUAA